AUGGCCGAGGCGCUGCGCCAGGAGCCGGCGGGCGGGCCCGAGUCGGAGGCCGAGCUGUCGCAGCGGCUCGCCCGCACCAAGGCCCGCUCGUACGGCAGCACGGCGAGCGUGGCCGCGCCGCUGGCCGAGCGCUACGUGGAGCACCGGCUGAGCGCCGGGGACACGCUGCAGGGCAUCGCCCUCAAGUACGGCGUUACGAUGGAACAAAUAAAGAGGGCAAAUAAACUUUUCACUAAUGACUGUAUAUUUCUGAGGAAAACCCUGAAUAUUCCGGUUAUAUCAGAGAAACCAUUACUGUUCAAUGGACUCAAUUCCCUGGAAUCUCCUGAGAAUGAAACUGUUGACAGCUCCCCUUCUUGUGAUGAAGGACUAGUGGCAGUUCAGGAAGAAAGCAGCUCUUCUCCCAGUCCUCCAGAGCCUGACAAUCAGCCCACUGCACCAGAAGAAUUAUCUGCCAAAGAUUUCCUACAGAGAUUGGACUUGCAGAUUAAGUUAUCCAAACAAGCAGCCAGAAAACUAAAAGAUGACAAUGUCAGAGAUGAGGAGGAUGAGGAAGGUCCCUAUGCAACUUCUUCGUAUCACCGGUAGAAGACAGACGUGAUGGCCUGAAAACUCUCCAUGAAAUCAGUUCUUACAGAACUAAGCAGUCAAUAAUUCCAAACCCAAGUCUUUUGGACUCAUCCUCUUGAUGUACUUAAAAGAAGUCAUGAAUGGGUAAUUGCACUGAAAUUAUGACCUCUUCUGCCUUCCAUAGGUUAAUGUCCUUAUGUUAUAUCAAUAAAAGGUUUAAGCCUUCCAAAACUAGCAAUGGCCUUUCUACCCCUUCUGUGCAAACUGUAGCAUGGUAGCAAUUAUAUAUCCCUGAGGUCACCUUUAUGCAGGAUGUUGAUCUUUAGUAAAGAUUUUGUAAAUACUUGUUAAAGUGAAAUUUGUUUUAAGUA